CUUCCUACGUUCCGAUCAUUAACCGAUUCAAACAUUAAUAUACGGGGAAUCGAUCCGUUGACGAAGCCUCCAAGAGCUCGCGGUCCAUUCACUCCGCCGCCACCGCUGCCUCCUUCUCGGCCCUUUUCUGCGUCGAGGUUGGCGGCGGUUCAUUAACGAGGAUUUUGGAGCUUUGUUGAAAUUGAAGGGUUCCUUGGGUCGGCUUAGGGAGGUAGAGAGCGAGGGAGGAGGAUGUCGUCGGGGAAGGUGGCUGGCACUUCGGCGCCCGCAGCACGCCGAGAUCCCUACGAGGUGCUUUCCGUAUCGAGAGAUUCGUCCGACCAGGAGAUCAAAACCGCCUACCGGAAGCUUGCUCUCAAGUACCAUCCUGACAAAAAUUCCAGCAAUCCUGAAGCUUCUGAACUUUUCAAAGAAGUUGCAUAUUCCUAUAGUAUCUUGUCAGACCCAGAGAAAAGAAGACAAUAUGAUGUUGCUGGUUUUGAGGCUUUGGAAAGUGAGGGCAUGGAUAUGGAGAUUGACUUGUCGAACCUUGGAACUUUCAACACAAUGUUUGCUGCCCUUUUCAGCAAACUCGGAGUUCCUAUCAAAACUACAAUUUCUGCUACUGUCCUUGAAGAAGCACUAAAUGGAACCAUCACAAUUAGACCGCUUCCCCUUGGAACAUCAUUCAAUGGAAAAGUGGAUAAACAAUGUGCUCAUUUUUUUGGUAUCACGAUUAAUAAUCAACAAGCCCAGGCAGGGAUAGUUGUGAGAGUAACUUCUGCAGCACAAAGUAAAUUUAAGCUACUUUACUUUGAGGAAGCAAACGGUAGCUAUGAUCUAUCUUUACAGGAAGACAGUGAGAAGACUGGCAAAAUGACAUCUGCAGGAAUGUACUUUUUACAUUUUCAAGUUUACCAUAUGGAUUCUGUGGUUAACACGUUAGCUAUGGCGAAAGAUCCUGAAGCUGCUUUUUUCAAAAAGUUGGAAGGUCUCCAGCCAUGUGAGGUGUCUGAAUUGAAGCCAGGCACCCACAUAUUUGCUGUUUAUGGUGAUAAUUUUUUCAAAUCUGCCGCAUAUACCAUUGAGGCUGUGUGCGCUAAAUCAUAUGAAGAUACCACAGAGAAACUCAAGGAAAUUGAGUCUAAACUUUUAGCAAAGAGAACUGAUUUAAGGCAAUUUGAAAUAGAAUAUAGAAAGGCACUUGCACAGUUUCAGGAGGUGACAAACAAGUAUAGCCAAGAGAAACAAUGUGUUGACGAACUAUUGAAAGACAGGGAGAGUGUACACUCCACCUUCACGAUAUCAAGAGGAGGUAUGACCAAUUCUAAUGGGGAUGCUAGUAGUAGUGGAAAAAGUCCUAGUGAGGAUUAUAGAUUUGAUAGCCCAAAUGGGAGUCCUGAUGCCAAGGAUAAAUCAAACAAAAAGAAAUGGUUUAAUUUCAAUGUUAGCCGAUCGGAUAAGAAGGGAUGACCACAUCUGGCUCGCCAAAUUGUUGUCUUAUGGAUUGAGCUAGUCUUAGAUUGCCAUGGUUCAUUGCUUUCUCAUACACGUAAAAUCAGUGUCAAACUCUUGAUCAUCUCUUGGUUUUAUAGCUCUGUGAGUAUCAUGAAGGUUGUGGGCGCAUAAUUUUUCUCAUCAGCCUGUUGUAUCUUGUAUGUGUUUGUAAAAUAAAUUUUGGAUUUUUGUUCGUUAUUGAUGAGAUUGAUUUGUUAACUAAUGUUUGAUUCAUUUUAUUCUUGUGAGAAAUGUAAA